UCAUACAAACGUAGUACCAUGUAAUAACUCUGUGUGUGUUUAUCUACAUGUGUUUUAAUUAUUUGUUUAUCACUCUGAACAUUAAAUAAUGAACGACCCUUUUGUUUUUAUCACUUUUGGCUUCAUGGGUCGCUUGAUUCUUGAAUAAUUUGCUAGUCUUUUGUGUGUUUUGUGAUCUUGUGUUUUUAUGUUCAUGCUAUGUGUUUGAAUGAUUGAUUUUGAUGAAUUUUCAGCUGUUAAAUUUGGAGAUUUUGUUUGGUAAAUUAAUUUGUUUGGUGGGUAAUUAUUAUAAGGCCUAUUGAGAUUGAUUUCGUUUGCUAUUUUGGGAAUUUAUGAUUCUGCAGCUACAAGCUUUUUCUGUGUACUGAUUGUAGGCAUUUGAAUUCCCAAUUUCACCCUUGUUCUCUAAUUUUCCAGAAACAACAAUUUGCAGAAAGAUUUGUUUUUUCCAAUUCCCCCCACACAUUGAAUAAUUUUUUGUUGUGCCCAUCAUUUUCUUGAUUUUAUGCACACAUAUUAUUUAUAUAUUCAUUUUCAUGAGUGGGUUGUCUUGGGAGUGAGAACUCAUAACUGAUAAACUUGUGAGCUUUACUGCAAUAGCCAUAUCAACUCUGCAUCAUUGACUGGCCUUUUUUGGGGUCUUGGGAGUUGGCAUUCUUUGUUUGAAAGCCUGAACUUAGCUUUAAGUGCAGGAGUGUUCUUGAUCCGGUAGUGUCGCUCGUUGGGUUGAUAUGGAGGGGGAUACAUUUUCGGGUCUCGGUAAUGGAAACCAGUUAGAUGGGAAGGUGAUGCAAACAUUUCAGAAGAGCUUUGCUCAAGUUCAAAAUAUUUUGGAUCAGAAUAGGAUUUUAAUCAAUGAGAUAAAUCAGAAUCACGAGUCCAAGGUCCCUGACAAUUUGAGCAGGAACGUGGGAUUGAUAAGAGAAUUGAACAAUAACAUAAGGAGGGUUGUUGAUCUCUAUUCAGAUCUUUCGAAUAAUUUUAGCAAAUCCAUGGAAGCUUCCUCUGAAGGAGAAUCCAGUGGUGCUUUGAAGUCGGAUGGGAAAGCUGGUCACAAGAGAAUUAGGCCGGGUUAGAAUUUUCCGGCCUUGCUAAGGUUUUACUUCUUUUACUUUGUGGUAACGAGAAGAUGUGCAGAUACUAUUGUGAUAGUAGUUUCUGUCAAAUUGUGCGACCCGUCGGCCUAGUGAAAAGUAACAUUUCUUAUAGAUAUAAUUGCUCAUAUCUCUGUCACAUUGUAGCUCUACCUUGUGGAUCUAAUUGAAAUUUAAUCAUCAUUGAUAUCA